CGGACGGCAUUCCUCCAACUGCCUGCGCCCUGUUGUGUUGCUCUCCGCCGCGUGGCUGCUGUCCGUGGAUAACAUGUCCAUGCCCACGCAAAGUUGAGCUGCUGGCACCAGUAUAGUGGACGGCCGCCUCGACUAUGUCGGAGAACUUUUGAAUACAGAAUAGUACAGUUGGAGUCUCAAGAGGGAAGAGGAGGUCAAUCCUUGGAGAGGUAGUUGUGCCAUGCAGCGGCUGAGAGACGACCUGCGCUUUUUCUGAGGUCCGACGGGGAACAGACAAUCAGUAUUGAGGCCGGACACUGCUAUCUGAUUUUAAACUUUAUUGAACGGAAUUUCCUGGGUCGGGUUCGUGCUGCUUCAGCUCUGUUUUGUGCCUGUGGCCUCAUGAAGGGAUAAAUGAUCACCUCAACCAGAAGAGUGUCUCCUGAUAAAUCUGAAGUUAGAAUCGCCUUCAGCCUCGACGACACAUCAGAUGUAAAAGAUGUGGAGGCCCUCCCUCAGACUUUCCCGGAUCUCGAACAGCGACUACAGCCAGUGCCCCCCUGUGUGUCUCUGAGAGAGAGCGUUCAGGUUUACAAGGAGCACUGCAGGAUGGCGAGGGAGUUCCACCAGGUCAAACACGAGAUCGCCGUGCUUGAGGACCGCAAGCGCAAGUUGCUGGCAGAGAUGGUGGAAGAUGAGCAGGUUGCCAUGGAGAUCGCCCGUCUGGAGGAGGAGUUUCGGCGUCUAACAGAGGAGAACCGCACCUUGGUGACUGUCCACAACGAGCGCGCUCAGCAGCUGGAGAGGCUCUGUGUGACCACUCAAACGAGGCAGGACUCCUCGUGACCUCUGACCUCCAUGGAACCUGAGGCCUCCAAACAUCCAGCUGACGCCAGGCCAGGAAACCAAGCAGAAAUAAAGGCUCAGCUAGUGCUACACAACUGCAGUCAGUGAAUCAGCUAAUUACACAGAGAGGCGUCGUGUUUUUUCAUGUCUGAGUCAUUUGUUUGAACCACAGACGUACUGUCAUCAUCAGUGUGAAGCUGUUGUAGUGAUUCUACCAGGCUAUGACACAAGGCCGCUUUUUCUGGGUUUUGUUAUUAUGUGAUCUUCCUGGUCGCCAUCGCAAUACCUCGCAGUAUAUUUUACACAAUGUCAGCUGCUGUGAAUGUGACCGGAUAUUCUCAUAUCUGUCUCAGGUCCUGUGGAGACUCAGAUCUUUUUACCUGAGGUCUGUGGAGGGAGCCAAAGGUGGUAUGAUGUGGUCCAAAUGUUGUAUUUUGAGGAGUGUUUCCCCCUCCCUCUCCCUCUCUCCCACUUCUGACACUUACCCGUCAAGUUCCUGUUACGAUAAAAAGGAAAUGAGUGUUUAACCGAGUGUCAGGGAUCGGGAAAUUGUAGCCAUUUGUGAGGAACAGCAAAAGAAGAAGGGCAAUAAUCCAUUUCACAACAAGUAUCUGCUGCGACACAACACUGUAAGAGCUGUACAUUUUUUUUGAUGUAGCGUGUCUCACCAACCUGUAAAAGGGGAAGUAUACAACAAGAUAAACUGUUGCUUAUCAUCCUCGCCUAUUAAUAAAAUGCAUUUUAUUUUAACAUCAGCAUCAGUUCCUUAGUUUCAUUUCUCCAAGCCGCUGCUGUUCUGUUUGGUGAGUGCUUUAUCAUCAUACUGCUUCGCUUACAUGGAAAAAGGAACUAGAUUUUUUUUCAUGGGGGGGAUUAGCUCAUUCUGGGAUUAUGAAAUAGUCACCUGAUUGGCCAGUUUGGCUCUGGCAGCCUUCCCUCUUUUUCCUUCGAAUCAUGUGACAUUGGCAACAGAGCUUUGUAGUGACGAUUAGCUGUUGUACUUUACUGCCGGGCAGCUUUGAAGGUGGGCAUUUUUCUUUACACAAAAAAGUUUUUCAUGAUACGAUUUUUCAUGCGCCUCUGCAGUCAUCCCAUCACAGAUAUUUAAUAACUAUUUACAUGGCAUGACAGUUGCUGACACCUCAAAAGCGUAACAAAA